UUUCAUCCCAUAUUCAUAUCCAUCCAACUCUCCCGUAGAGGAUUGCCGCGAUGGAUUCCCGAAUAGGACUAGCUCGCCUCUUUACGUUUAGAAGAAAGAAACACCCCGCUGCGGAACCCUCCUCCACCCCGGAGCUGUUCGGGACCACCAACAGGUCAAGUUGCGACUUGAUCGUUCACGAAAACUCAACGGCGUCGGAAGUACCAUUACAGAUGCUUAGAUAAAGGUCAAUGGCCCGAGUGAGAGGUGCAAUGCUUCAAAGGCUUUUAUUUAUCAGCACCAUCCCUUCUGAGCACUCAAACAGUAUUGGUUUUUGUCAAGUGGGGCAUUUCAAUAGCUUUAUCUCCACAACUACAAAGCUCCAAAUUUCGACGUUUCAAUCCAUUUCCAAAUCGUAUCCUACUGUGCAUCAGAAUGUCUUUCACCAACGGCCACGCCCAUGAUUCCAACGGGACACCAGUCCCCACCCACCCUCUCAUAAUAUCCAACAAACCACAUCCAACAGUUAACUCCUUCCCCGUCUACUCUCCGGCCACAGGUAAACUUUUACACCACUUUUCCUCCGCCUCAAUCGACGACGCCGAUGCGGCUCUCAGUUCAGCACAAGCCGCCCAACCAAAAUGGAAGACUCUUCCUCCUUCCAAGAAACGCGAUAUCUUCAUCAAAGCAGCCGAGAUUAUGGACUCUCGUCGCGAAGAACUGACCAAAUAUAUGGCUGACGAAACGGGAGCCUCUGCACCAUGGGGAGCAUUCAACCUCAACCUCGCCUCUGAGAUCCUGCGCGAUGUUGCUGGGAGAAUCUCCUCCAUCUCUGGCUCAAUCCCUCAAACAGCGACGGAAGGAGUAUCUGCCCUCGUGUUGAAAGAACCAUACGGAGUCAUCCUCGCCAUCGCUCCUUGGAACGCCCCCUACAUCCUAGGCAUCAGAGCAAUAAUCUACGCCCUUGCAGCAGGCAACACCGCCAUCCUGAAAGCCCCAGAAUUCUCACCCAUGUGCUCAACCGGCAUCGUCACUUCCCUCCAGCAAGCCGGCCUCCCACCCGGAGUCUUGAACCUCCUCGCCCACCGCCCCGAAGACGCAGCCUCCAUCACAAAACACCUGAUCUCAAGCCCCAUCAUUAAGAAAGUGAACUUCACCGGUUCCACAGCAGUCGGGAAGAUCAUCGCCGAGCUCUGCGGGAAAACCCUGAAGCCCGUUCUUCUGGAACUGGGAGGCAAGGCACCAGCUAUCGUAUGGGAAGAUGCCGAUCUCGACCUUGCGGCGCAGGAGUGCGCUGUAGGAAGUUUCGAGCACAGUGGGCAGAUAUGCAUGAGUACCGAGCGAAUCAUCCUCCACGAGAAGAUUGCGGAGGAAUUCGAAGAAAAGUUCAAGAAAGCAGCAGCUGGGUUCGCGCCUGAGGGGGCAGAGCCUCCUGUCUUAAUCAACAGUGCCGGAGUCGCCAAAAACCAGCGCUUGCUCAAAGACGCCGUUGAGAAGGGAGCUACGAUCCUCCACGGUAAUCAUGAAGAGGGUAAGGGUACGAAGAUGAUGCCAGUCGUGGUGAAAGGGACGAAGAAGGGCAUGGAUCUGUUCUACACAGAGAGUUUUGGGCCUACGGUUAGUGUCAUGACGGUGAGUAGUGAGGAGGAAGCGUUGGAGCUGGCAAAUGAUACCGAGUAUGGACUUUCGGCUGCGGUGUUCACGAGAGAUUUACUGAGGGGGCUGCGGAUGGCGAGGGGGAUUGAGAGUGGUGCGGUGCAUAUUAAUGGCAUGACGGUGCAUGAUGAGACGGCGUUGCCGCAUGGUGGUAUGAAAGCGAGCGGAUUUGGGAGGUUUGGAGCAAUUGGUUUGGAGGAAUGGAUGCGGACGAAAACUAUCACGUUCAAGGACUGAGUCCGAGUCUGCUCUCUUGCCAUUCGUUAAUGAAAUUUUGCAUUGCAUGCACCCCUC